UACACAAUCAAAUUUGAAACAUGCCAUUUUGCAUGAAUAUGUAAAAAAAUAUUUAUCAAACGAUACUAUACAGGACAUCACAUCAAUACUUACAAACGUUAAAGACGCAAUUCGCAAACAAAUAGAAAAUUCCACUUGGAUGGACGAGCCAACAAAAAAGACGUACCUUGAGAGACUUAUGUAUAUGAAACACGAAUUUAUUAUGCCCGAGUGGUACAACGACGAAGCUAUUGAUAGAUAUUACGAAAAUAUUUCUGUCAGUACGAACUAUCUCGACACUGCCAUACAGUUAUAUCAAUUUGAAAGAAAGAAAAUGAUACGGUCGCUAAGGACACCUGACAUUACUUUAGAAUGGGAUGUUGAUCUGAUAAUAGAUACUUACUAUAAUCUAGGUCCGGAAAAAAUGGUUGUCCCAGCCACUGUAUUACAAAAUCCCAUAUAUGACAUUAAUCGUAUUCCAUUUAUGAACUACGGAGCUCUUGGAUUUGUUAGUGGACAUCGCAUAAAUUACGCCUUAAGUGAUGACUUAAGUGUGAAGUACCACAGCUUAUUAAUGUUAAUAUUAGAAUACACUAUCAACGAAUACAGUAAAAUACUUCAGUGUUUUAAUGACCACUACAUAAUGUAUCCAUAUCCGAAAUUAGAUGCUUCUGUAUACGAUGACGUAAGGAGCAAUGUUGACUUCNCAGCACUUGCAGCUGCGUAUUACGCGUACAAGAACAUACAAGCGAAGCAGAACACUUAUGAAUGGCGGUUGCAGGAACUGAAGGAGUAUAGCGAUGAUCAGAUAUUCUUUAUAACGUAUGCUCAAANGAUGUGCGAAAAUGUCCCGACGAAAAUGCGUAAUAUGAUCAUUCAUAUUCCAAAUGAAAUUAAAGUUCGGGUCAGUAUUUCGAAUUUCCCAGCUUUUUCCGCGGCUUACAAGUGCCCUGUGGGAAAACCAAUGAAUCCUGAAAGAAAAUGCACUUUUUGGGAGUAGAUGAACGUUUUUUUUUUUUUAUACAUAUAUUAUAAUGAGAUUCAAUAACAUAUUAUAAUUACAUUCACUUUUAAGAUUGACAUCCGAGUUAUGUAUAUCUAAUUCUAUUUUUAAACGUUAUAUAGGUUUGCUAUUGUAAUAAAGAA